AUGUUAGCGGAAGAGACCGAUGACUGGUGGAUAAGUAUGUUGCCUGUGCUGCAGCAGGAUGGAGUUGUGGUAACUUGGGCUAUGUUCAGGAAAGAGUUCCUGAGUAGGUACUUCCCGGAAGAUGUCCGAGGUAAGAAGGAAAUUGACUUUCUGGAGUUGAAACAGGGUGAUAUGUCAGUAACAAAAUAUGCUGCAAAGUUUGUGGAGCUUGCUAAGUUUUAUCCACAUUACACCGCUGAGAUUGCUGAGUUCUCUAAGUGCAUAAAGUUUGAGAAUGGUCUGCGUGCUGUUAUUAAGCGGGCCAUUGGUUAUCAGAAGAUUAGAAACUUUUCUGAGUUGGUGAGUAGCUGUAGGAUUUAUGAGGAUGAUACCAAAGCUCAUUAUAAGGUGAUGAGUGAGCGGAGGAAUAAGGAUAAGAAUCGUUCUAAGCCGUACAGUACCCCGGGUGAACUUAGGUUGAAUGACGAGAGGAUGCCCAAGAGGGAAGAGACUCCUGUUGAAAUAGUUUGUUACAAAUGUGGUGAGAAAGGUCACAAGAGUAACACUUGUGCUGGUAAAGUGAAACGGUGUUUCCGUUGCGGUGAAAAAGGUCAUACUGAGGUAGAUUGCAAUCAUGAUGAUGUAGUUUGCUAUAACUGUAAGGAAAAAGGUCAUAUUAGUUCGCAGUGCAAGAAGCCUAAGAAGGCCCAGACUGGUGGGAAGGUUUUUGCUUUAACUGGUAUGCAGACGAUGCACGAGGGAUUGCUUGAUUAG